AUGAAGGAAGCAAGAAAUAUACUUGGUCCUUCCACUGAGUUCAUCAAGUCACUUAGACAAAAUGACAUGCCUAGUAAAACCAAGUACAGUGAGCUUUGCACUGCUCCAGUACAAGAAGCCCAGUAUUUAGCCUCUUGCACUUAUGAAGAAAAUACUAAAUGGGGUGAAGGGGCUGGUUUUUGGUAUAAAAGUGUAUUGGAAGAUGCAAUGACAGGCUAUAUGUUGCAGAGCAAAGGGUGGAGAUCAGUAUCAGACCCAUUUUUCAUAGCAUUUGGAUUUGUUUUUAUAUCAUCCUUGGUGAAGCAUCUAUGUGAAGUUGUUGACACAGGAGGGUCAGUAAGAACAUGGCUAAACGAACAAAGGAUUUGGAAAAUAAAAUCGCUUACAUGCUUUAGUUACGGAGUUGCUGAUUGUGUGAUGGCGAAACUCGGGCUUCGAGAGGCAAGUUUCAUACCUACUAAUAAAGCUGAGGACAGCAAUAAAGCUAAGUUAUAUGAAAUGGGGAAGUAUGACUUUAGUACAUCAAACAUGUUUCUUGUUCCGUUAGUGAGCGCCGUCUCCUUAAACCUGUGUUGCUUUGUGGGAGGAGUUGCAAGAGUUAUUGGUGUGGGUAAUUGGGUAGAAAUGUUUGGUCAGGGAAUUCUCUCAUUAUAUGGGUUGAUAAUCAGUUAUCCAGUGUUGGAAGCCAUGUUAGUUAGACAGGACAAGGGUUGCAUUCCAUUGUCUGCUAUUUUAACAUCUUCCUUCUUUGUUGUGCUUUCCAUCACCUUUGGAUAUUUUAUCUUCUAA